AUGAUAACAACAAUUGCGAAAGUACGAAAGCCCAAUUUUUCCGAGAAAGAGAAAUUACUUCUCCUGAGUGAGUGGGAGAAACGUCAGAAUAUUCUGAGACCCAAGUUCUCGUCUAAAAUAACCUCACAGGGAAAGCAUAAUGCCUGGCAGGAAAUUGCGGACUCCCUGAAUGCCCAGUUUCCCUCCGUACGUCGAAAUGUAGCUGAUUUACAGAAGAGGUGGCAAAAUAUGAACAGUAAGAUGAAGGAGGAGACAUCAAGGCAUCGUAAGGAUUCGUUGAAGACAGUUCAAGGAGGAGGACCAGCACCACCUGAUCUUUCUCCUCUAGACCAGAGACUGGUCACACUGGUAGGAGAGAAUACUCCUACAAUAAUGGGAAUCAACGGUGGCUUUGAUAGCCUGGGUCUACUGGCACUACCAGAGGAGCAGCCGGCAGUUGCCACAGCAAGAAUAGAGGAAUGCAUUCAUGUUGGUGGAGUGCCGGAGCCCAUCAUCAGUCAGCAGCCUCGCCCGAAUCAGUCAACGACGGUGCCUAAAGAGGAGAGCAGACAUGAAUGA